ACCAAGCGUGCAAACCUUAAUUCUUUAAGUCCUGCGCGAGGCACAUUGGACGAGCAAACCUUAAUUGCGUCACAGUAAAACUAAAUGGGAUUGUGCUGCAAAACUCUCUUGCAUUGCGGCCCGAGCCAAGUUUGUGCUGAAUUAAAUCCGAGUUGCCUUAGUGGGACGAACUCCCUAGUCUGUGUGUUUAGGAUGCAGCCUUAGGCAUAAAUGGUCGGACAAGGUACACUGUUGUCAAACAUAGACAUUGGCUUUAUCUCUGUAGCUGUGGCAUGCUGUGAGGGAAAAAAAGCCGCUCUCUGAAACAGCUACUUUUUUUCAAACAUGAAGCAGUGAAUGCAUCAUUUCAGCUGCCAUGUAUGCUUAUGAGAAAGGAGAAGAUGUUCUGUGUAACCUGUAUGUUUCUACUCAAAACUUUUGGUCCAUGGCCUUUGAAGACCUGGCCAGCCAGUUACCAAAUUUCUACAAUCGGCAAAACUCUAGUAAUGCUGCUUCUCUGGACUUUGAGCCUAAUGCCAACUAUAAGUUUGUGGAAACCUUAGAAGAAAGGUACAAAUGUACCUAUUGCCAUCUUGUUCUUCAUAAUCCUCACCAGACAGGAUGUGGACAUAGGUUUUGCCAGCACUGCAUUGUUUCCUUAAGAGAACUGAAUGCAGUGCCAACCUGCCCUAUAGACAAAGAAAUAAUUAAACUUCAGGAGGUGUUCAAAGACAUUUGCUGUAAAAGGGAAGUUCUCAAUUUGCAAGUAUUUUGCAAAAAUUCACCAGCCUGUGAUGCAGUAACAUCUCUGGGACGAUACCAGGAUCAUCUACAACAAUGUUCAUUUGAAAAAGUGCUGUGCAGUAAUGAAGGAUGCUGUCAAAAAAUUAUGCAGAAGGAUUUGAAAGAACACCUGAGUUCAUGGUGUAACUAUCGAAAGGAACUGUGCCAGUACUGUAAUCAGCCUGUGAGUUCAAUUAAUUUAAAGGUCCACGAGAAAAUAGAUUGUCCCAAUUAUCCCUUGACUUGCCCCCAGGGCUGCAUGCAGAUAAUCUUGAAGAAAGAGGUAGAAGAGCAUGGGUCAGUAUGUCCUGAGAUGGAAAUUGAUUGUCCUUAUAAACAGCAUGGCUGUCCUACAAAGAUUAAAAGAGGAAAGCUUUCAGAACAUGAGAAUAUCUACUUAAGAGACCAUAUGCUACAAAUCUUAGACAAGAACUCAAAGCUGGAAGAUCAGAUCUCAGACCUUUAUAAGAACCUAGAACAUAAAGAAAUAAAAAUCCAGAAGCUAACAGACAUGGUUAAAAGGUGUGAAAAAGAAUUCAGGGAGUUUACACAGCUGCGUGAUAAAAAUAGCAACUUGCUGGCAAGCACACAGACUCUAAAAAUUCACAUUGAUAAAUCUGCCUGCCUGGAAACCCAAGUGAGACAGCUGGUACAAAUGGCAAAUCAGCAGAAUAAAUUUGACCUGAGAUCACUGCUGGAGACCCUUGAUAACAUAAAGCAAAAAGUUGCACUCUUGGAGUCAAAUGACCAGCGUUUAGUUGUUUUGGAACAUUUGUCAAAGCAACAUGACUGCCACCUUAACAAACACAGUGCACAACUUAAAAGAAAUGAAGAGCGGUUUAAACUUUUGGAAGGGACAAGUUACAAUGGUAAACUGAUUUGGAAAAUUGUGGACUACAAAAUGAAGAAGAAAGAGGCAGUGGAAGGCCACAGUCUCUCCAUAUUCAGCCAACCUUUUUACACCAGCCGUUGUGGAUACAGAUUAUCUGCUAGAGCAUAUUUAAAUGGAGAUGGUUCAGGAAAGGGGACACAUGUUUCCUUGUACUUUGUAGUGAUGAAAGGGGAGUUUGAUUCCUUGUUACCAUGGCCUUUCAAGCAAAAGGUUACACUUAUGCUUCUGGAUCAAAGUGGGAAGAAAAACCAUAUAUGUGAAACCUUCAAGGCUGAUCCCAACAGCAGCAGCUUCAAAAGGCCGGAAGGAGAGAUGAACCUUGCCUCUGGCUGUCCUCGGUUUGUUGCACACACCACACUGGAAAAUGUAAAGAAUACCUUCAUUAAAGAUGACACACUCUUCCUAAAAAUAGUGGUGGAUUUAAGUGACCUUGAAGAAUUAUGAGAGAACAUGGAAGAGAACUAUUAAAGGUGAUGUCUUGGUAACCACUAGAUUCUUUCAGACAAUGGGUGAAAGCUACUCUUCAGUCUCCAGGCAGAUUUUUAUAUACUCUAACAGCCUGACUACUAUUUUUGUACUUUUUCAAAGUUGCAUUAAGAAACUAGCCAAGUCUCUAUGAGUUUUGAUUAGGAAAACUUGGUAUUAGAAUUUUUCUACUUGUUUGAAACUUCUUAACUGGGUCACCUUCUCAGGAGUGAUAGAGGAUGUUCUAGAAUCAAAAGGAACAUUACUAAAGGUGCUAACUGCUAAGGAAUAUUCUAUAUAUUUCAGUAGGUUUACAAAAACAAAACAAAAAUAUGCUAAAGUUACCUUCCUCAAUAGUCACACUGUGAGACAAUUCCCAUUUUCCCACUGCCACAGUAGCCAGAUCCUAUGCAUAUUUAGACAAAUUUAGUAUUGCAAAAUUCAGCUGUUUACUCAAUUACUGGUUGACUGAAUUUACUGUAUUCAGGACUUAGUUCCAAGUAAAGUGUGUACCGAAUUAAUAAUUUGUAAAAUAUCCUUGUGAACAUGAAGGUAUUGUGGAGUGGACCACAUUCAUAAAAAUGAUCUCAACAAAAGUAUAAGCAUAGAUUGUGAACCUAGUUUAUUGAAAGUUUUGCAGAUUGCAGGCUUGUGGCACUCUGGUGUGCGUACAUGGGUGCAUGUGCACAAUUUCAUAAUCUGAUGGUUUCAUAAUUUCUGUAAAGGCAAGUAUAGGGUGGAGCUGAAUAAAACAAAUCCAAUCUGAAAUCUUAAUAGAGUGAAUAAUGACUUUUAAGUAGCAUAUGUUCUUUGAUUUUACUGGUGCAAGACAUAAGCAGAUCUAGACUCUUGUUAAACAAGUAUAAGUGUUUCUGGCUUAGUCCUGUGUAAAAAGCAGAUCAGAAGUACUUGAUUAGUUGAAUGGGCCUGGGCUCCAUAACAACUGCCUAUUGUUGAUAUUAUUGACAAUCAAAUGAGGCAUUUUUU